GAGCCACAAGGGGAGGGGAGGAGGCCACACCAGACCAGAGAAGCAGCAGCCAUUUCCUUCCAGCCGAGGGAGACGAGACGAGAGGAGAGCACUCUUCCCUCUAGGAGAGGAGUAGCAUCGUGAGAGAGAGGGAGAGGGAGGAGAUACUCGUGAGCGCGAGGGGAAGGAGAAGGAGAAGGAGGGCGGGCUCUCUCGCUCCCUCCCGCUGCCUUGUCGAGGCGGUUGGUGCGUGGAUCUGCGCGGCGGCGGCGGUGCCUGCCGGACGCCGGCGACUAGGCGGGGAGAUCGGAGGCGCAUGCCUCAGAUCUGACAUGGAGCGGAUCCGGGAAGGAAGGAGGGCCGCACUGGCCAUGUCCGGCGGGGCGCCUCCGCCGCGGCGCCGGCUCAGGAGCAACGGCGGCGGCGUCUCCGGCGGCGCGGGGCCGAGGGACUCGCCUCGGUCCGAGAGGAGGCGGGGGGACCGCCUCAUGCUCAACGGCAACGGCCGCGACGACGGCGACGACACCUCCGACGACAGCCUCGGCGACGACGACGACGACCCCGACGAGGAGCUCGCCGCCUCCGCGCCCAGGUUCCCGUCGGUGCAGCGCCGGUCACCCAGCACGGCGCCUCCGCCGUCCCCGCCACAGCCUGGCGCCGCGCACCAUCACAGCAGCAGCAGCAGCGGCGGCGGCGGCGGCGGUUACAACAACCACCACCACCACGGCCCGCAGUCGAUGCACCGGAAGGGGGGCUCCAAUCCCAAGGGCCCCAUAGUGUGGAAGGCCGCCGACGAAAUGAUCGGCGUUCCAGUCCCGAGGAAGGCGCGCUCAGCUUCUACCAAGAGGUCUUCGCACGAGUGGACAGGCCCCGGCGGUGGGAGCGGCGGCGGCGCCGCUGUAGACGGCUCGCAGAUCCAGCGGCCUUCUUCACGGCCGAUCUCGCCGGCUUCCACAUCGGCCACCGCCCCUGCUCGGAAAAAGCUGAAAACACUUGGCGGCGGUGGGAGCAGCGGCGGUUCUGGGCCUGUACCGAAGCAGCGGCCGUCGCCGGCUUCAGCUCCUUCGGCAGCCCCGCCUCAGCCGCCACCAGCAAAGAUUUCCAAGUCGCCAUCGUUCAUUCAGGAGGAGAUCGAGGUCGCCGAGGUGCUAUUUGGCCUGACGCGGCAGUUCCCCUGCCCUCCCAAGCAGGAGAACAUGAACCACAAGCCGGAGCCCAAGGACGCGCCGGAGGCCAAGUCCGGGAACUCUUCGCCGGCUCCGUCGUCAUCUGUCGUCCGGCCGGCAGAUUCAGCCUCUCUCACCACUAUAGCCCCAAAGAGGAAGCGGCCACGGCUCGCCAAGUACGACAACGAGAACCGCCCGGCGAGCCCAGCAAAACCGGACACGGCAGAGCCGCCCGCAAGGCCGGAAGUGCUUCCGGUGGCAAGAUCAGAUGCGAAGCCGUCCGUGUCGGCUGUGGCCGAAAGUGUCGCCAGCACCGCCGCCGCCGCCGCCACCGCUGGCGCGCAGCAGGAGGCUACCCGGGAGCCAGAGAAGAGGGAGGACCACAGAGGAAGAGAUCCAGAGCUCCGGGCCAGUGAAUCAGAUCGACGGGAUCCCGGGCCCGAGAGCAGCCGGGCCGAGCCGCCGGCAGCAGCAGUCAAGCCCGACGGCGAGGCUGCUGCGCCGGUCGGCUCUGAGGCCAGGAAUGGGGAGGCCACCACCGCGACAAAGAGUGAGCUGGCAUCCGAUGGCGCUCGGCAAGAAAAGUUUUGCAUUGAUCUCAUGGCUCCCCCUCCUGGGAAGCUAUCUCCUGAUAGAGAUGGCUCUUCCGACCCUGAUGCGGAUAAGAAGGGAUUGGAUUCUGAGAUGGACGUGGCCGGGAGAGGAAAUUCUGAAAAGAAAGAUGGCGAGAGGACCCGGAGAGGCCUGGAGAUCAAUCUGGAGGACGAGAAGGCGCAAAGGAUUCCGGCGGAGGAGCUUGCUCCAAAGAAGCUCACUCUGCAGCUUGAUUUGGAGAAGCCUAGCCAAGGGGACGAAAAGUCGCCAUCUGAGCGCAGACAGCCGCCAUUGCCGCCACCGCAGCAGCAGCAACACAAGCCCUCAAAGUCCGAGGUCAAGCAUGAGAAAUCACCUCUACCUGCUGCUUCACCGCCUAUGCCAAUGACCGUAGGCGGCUGGAUGGGGACUUUCCCACCUUUUAGUUACAUUGCUCCUGUUCCUGGACUAUCAGCUCCUGGGCUUCAUCAUCCUAUGGACAUCAAGCCAGGGACUUCUGCUGGAUUACAGCAUCCUGCAUUGCCUCCACUGCCAGUACGCCCCAAGCGCUGCGCUACACAUUGUUACAUCGCACAGCAGAUCCAAUACCACCAGCGAAUUACAAAGAUGAACUCUUUCUGGCCCACAACAGCGGCUGCCGCUGCUGCCGCCGCCGCCACAAGAUCUGCACCAUUCUUUGGUCCAAGAGGACCAUUCAACAUGGGCGUCGUUCCACCUGCGGAGGCUGCCUCCCUUCUCGCGAACCCAAUGCAGGGGAGCUACCCUGUUCGGGCACACGCCCCGCUGCAAGAAACUAAGGCAUCUUCAAUGGUGCCUUCUCCUUUCCAGGGGAGCCUCUCCAAGGAUAAAGCGGCAUCCAGCAGUGCCAGUGUUGCUGAAUCAAACCAAAGGAAGCAACCUCCAGCUCUUGAAGCGCAGCAGUCCUCUCCCAUGCCACCAAACAUGAUGCAAGCGCCAACAUUCAUCUUUCCAUUCAACCAACAUGCUGCAGCAGUAGCAGCUGCAACUGCCGCUGCCAAUCGAAUGGGAGAUACAAAAUCUUCUGGCACCAGCAGUGCGAUGCCAUCAUCUGCCACUGCCCACGCUUCAGCAGCACACGCUGGUGCAUCGGCCAUGAACUUGAGCUUUGCCAACUUGCAGCCGGGUGAUGCCCAGUUCUUGGCCAUCUUACAGAACGGCUACCCAUUCCAGCUCGCUGCUGCUCAUGCUGGAGGAGCUCCAUCAUAUCGAGGCAUGGCACCACCAGGCCCAGGUGUACCGUAUUUCAACGGGCAUGUCUACUCUCCCCACAUGUUGAACCCAUCACAGCAGCAAGGUACGCAGCAACAAAAUCAUCAGAAAAACUCAAUGCCAAGCUUGUCUGGUUCCUCUCAGAAGCAUCAGCCACAACAAUCACAAGGGUUGCUGGGAUAUGCACCAAAUGCUAAUGCUGCUGCUGCCGCUGCCGCAGCAGCCGCUGCCAACAGUUCCCAGAGCUAUUCGAGCGGCAACCAGCGUCCUGUUCUUCUACAUGGCCUCGCUCACCGACAGGAUCCAGACAAGACUCUGCAAGAUGGCCAGUCAAGUGAUGACAAGUCUUCACACCAUCAGAAGGGUGGGCAUGAACAUAAUUUUGCUAUUCCAAUGCAUCUUCCAAAUUUUGCGUUGAUGCCAUCUGCUGGCAAUCAGAGUGAGAAGAAAUCGAAUGAUCACCACCAGCAGCCACCAACCAGUCGAGGCCAGGGGGUUCGAAUUGAUCUUGCUUCAUCUCAGCCUUUUGUGAUGCCCUUUGGUUCCAUUGGCGCUCCUGGUUCUGCUCCAAAUGGUCUUGACUUCUCGUCAUUGGCACAGAACCAUCCGCUUUUCCAGAGCCAUCAAGAAGCAGGCCGGCAUGGUUACCCUCAGCUCAAUUUUGCUUCAGCCCAGUCUGUUCAAGGUGCACAGCAUAAACCCCAGCAUCAAAAUGCUGCAGAAGCUAAAUCUGUGGCUGGGGAUUCAUCUUCAACGCCAAGUGCUGGAGAUAAUGAGAGAAAGAAAUCUGCAUCUGCAAAGUACCCGAGUGAUUCACAGCAGCAUUCUCUUUCUUUCUCUAAGCCAGAAAACAAGUCUUUUAUGCACCCUUUCCUUGGUAGCAGUGCUAAUGAACCCUCAGUCCGCACUUUGAGCCUUAUUGGUGCGGAAUCUUCGAAUGCCUUUGGGUUAGGCAGCAGCAAAUCUUCAAGUGCUUCUACUGCAGCAGCUACGUCAGCUGCAGCCCCAUCUGCACCGACCAUGUCCCAGCAGCAGCAACAGCAGCAAAUUCAGCUGCAGCUGCACCAACACCAUCAGCACCAGAUGCAGCAACAAUUCCAGCAGCAGCAACAGCAGCAGCAGCAGCAACUCCAGCAGCAGCAGCAACAGCAGCAACUCCAGCAGCAGCAGCAACAGCAGCAACUCCAGCAGCAGCAGCAACAGCAGCAACUCCAGCAGCAGCAGCAACAGCAGCAGCAGCAACAACAACAGCAGCAGCACCAGCAACAUAUGUUACAGCUUCAGAAACAGCAGCAGCAACAGCAAUUGUUUCAAAAUCAUCUGAACUCUCGCCCCAGGUCUGCUGCUCCGAGUAAUGCAAGUGGAUACUCUGACCGUUUGAGUGCGACGAACUUUCAGAAUUUAAUGUAUCCAUCAAGCGCUUCUCAAGGCGGAGUUCCUGGUCAAUCACCUCAAUUGAAGGCAUCGUCGUCGAUGAGAGUGUCAGCUCCACCUUCAGCUGCUUCUGUCCCUGCUGCAUCCUCGCCUUCUAAUUUGAUUAUGAUGAAGAACAGUGGUCUCCAUCAACAAGCAAAAGCUCUGCAGGCUCUCUCCACCCCGAAUCACCAGUCACAAAGCAUGAGUUCGUCGAAGAUUGGCCACUCCCUUACUAAUCUUUCUACUGGAGGAGCAGGGGACCUAUCUCGAUCUUCAAAUGCUCCGGUUGCUUCUGGUUCGCCAUCUAACUCGGUCUCCAAAAGUACUGGUGGUAGCCCACCUGCAUCUGGAAGUGCGAAGGGUGGCCAGCCAGUUGUCCAAUUGUCAUCACCUCAACAACAUGCAGCAAAGAACUCUCCUUCAACUUCUGGAUCCAAGUCAGCUUCAACAAAUCCCUACAGCAGUAUGCCUAUGCCAUCGAUCCUUGGUCAGCAACCAAACAUGGCUCACUCUGGUGGUAAGCAGCAGUCACAUGGACCCUCAUUGAAACAACAGCAGGCGUUCCCACAAGGCCAUGGCCACGGCCAUUUCUUCAUCUCCAAUGCCUUUGCGCCACAAGGUCCGCCUCAGCAUGUAAAUGCUGGAGCUGGUGCUGGCCUCUACCAAAAGCGCUCGGCUGACAAGACGCAGCAGCAGCAGCAGCAGCAGCAGAAUGCUGUCUCUGGUUCGUCUGCGAUGCUCUCUCUUGGUUCCAUGUCGAUGUCCACAUCUGCGGUUCCAGCCGAUGCGGGGAAGGCUCAUAGUGCAGCUGGCAGUAACAUGAAGGCCAAUCUUCAUCCAGCGCCUGGUGGUUUUAUGCACCUUGCGACAGCGGGGCAAUCUGCGAGUGGUUCGCCUCACUCUCACCUUUCAGCGGCACAAUUGACGUUUUCAAUGCCAAUGCCCGUAAAGCCUACCAGUGAUCAGAAGCCUGCUGCUGGUAAGUAAAGGACCUAGACGCCAGAGCAUGGGAAUGCUGCUAAUCUGAGUCGGCGAGCUAACUGCUAAUUCUGUCGGAAGCUCGGCGCGCGGAAGAAGCGAUUGCAUGGCAAGAGGCAUAGCUGCGAGAGCCGGAUCGUCGACGAGGAGGAUGAUGCACCCAUUCCAUCCAUUCAGGGGCUCUGGCAAAUCUGUGGAGUAAAAAUGUGGAACGGCUGGCUGAUGGGAGUGAUACUUGUGUGUAGUAGGUUAUCCUCCCAUGGUGGAAAGCUGGAGGUGCAUAGAAACCCUUUUUUUUAGCAGUUUUAUGCAAGAUUGUCAAAAGCUGGUCUCUCUCUGAACUUCUCCCCUCCCCUCUCCUCCAAGUGCUGCUCUGCUCUGGUCUGGUCUCUUUAGAUUUGUUCUUUUUGUUGUUGUCUUAACUGAAGGAAGAAGGUUUAAUUAGUAUGCAGGUCAAGGGAAACUUUUGUGA